AUGGACGACCGACGCCCCGGGCUCCUACGUCCGACCGAAGGCCGCUCCGGCACCCCCCUCCUCUACAAGCCCGACCGCGACCCUGACCGCGGGCGCACAAACUACUCGAGCCCGCAGCGCCGCGGCUCGCCCGGCCUGGUGACGGCCUCGUCGUCCGACGCGGCGCCCCUGACGCCCCGCUCGGCGACCACGCCCAUGAUGCCUCCGCUCUCGCGCCGGUCCACGCUGCGGUCGCGCUCGCCGCCGUCGGCCGCCGCGUCCAUGGCGGCGCGGCGCAAGUACACGUACGCGGGCGUCUUCCUCGUCAUCUCGCUCGUCUCCUUCACGGUCCAGACGGAGCUGGCGUCGGUGGUGCAAAAGGCCGGCUGGGCCAAGCCCUACUGCAUGCUCUACCUGACGCACGGGUCCUGGUCCAUGCUCUGGCCGGUGCAGCUCGCCAUCCUGCGGCUGCAGAAGCGCGACGUGCCGUGGCCCGUCUUCUGGCGCCGCCACGUCUGGCUCAUCCGCUCCACCGCCGUCAUGGUCGAGCGCCAGAACCUGGACCUGCCGCGCGGCUACGGCGAGCAGCGCUUCAGCCCCUGGCGCUACCUGGCCCGCACCACGGCCGUCGUCACCACGUCCCUGACGGUCGCCGGCCUGAGCUGGUACAUCGCCGUCAACAUGACCACGCCGAGCGACCUGACGGCCAUCUACAACUGCAGCGCCUUCUUCGCCUACGCCUUUAGCGUCCCGCUGCUCGGCGAGCGCCUCCGCCUCGGCAAGAGCAUCGCCGUCGGCAUUGCUAUUGUCGGCGUCAUGGUUGUUGCGUACGGUGAUGGAGGUGCCCGUAAUCCUCCCCCCGUGCACGGCGCGCCCAUCACCUCUCCGGGCAGAGACGGGGCCGACGCCGGCGCCGCCUCCCUGCUGGCCAGGGCGGCGACGGCGGGGCCCGGCGAGGACCCCGGCAUCCGGUUCCUGGGCAACCUCAUCAUCGGCGGCGGGUCCGUCCUCUACGGGCUGUACGAGGUGCUGUACAAGCGCUUCGCCUGCCCACCCGAGGGCUGCUCGCCGGGGCGCGGCAUGAUCUUCGCCAACACGUUCGGCAGCCUGAUCGGGCUCUUCACGCUCACGGUGCUGUGGCUGCCGCUCCCCUUCCUGCACGUGCUCGGGAUCGAGACGUUUGAGCUGCCGACGGGCGACGUCGCGUGGUACCUGCUCGUCAGCGUCGUCAUGAAUGCCACCUUUGCCGGCUCGUUCCUGGUGCUCAUCAGCCUGACGGGGCCCGUGCUGAGCAGCGUGGCGGCGCUGCUGACCAUCUUCACGGUGGCGCUGGCCGACUGGGUCGUCAAGCGCGAGCCGCUGAGCGGGGCCGCCGUCGCGGGCGGCGGCAUGAUCAUGGUGGCCUUUGCCAUGCUCAGCUGGAGCACGUACCGCGAGAUGGCCGAGGAGGAGGAGGAGAAGCGCAGGGCGGUCGACAUGACGGACAAUGACACGGACGACGAGGAGGAUGAGGAUGAGGAGAACGUCUAG